AGUUGCUUGGUUCAAAAAAAAAACUCGUCUCUCUCGGGGUGCUCACCUGCUCACACGUGGUUAAUUUCUCGCUUUGGUUGCAGGCAAUGUCGUAUCCUUCGGCCUCUUCCUCUCCCCAGUGUAGGCGCUCAUCGAUCGGUCCGGGUUCAUCUGGCUCUGGGUGGUUUUUUGAUUUGGUUAGGGUUUUGUUUGUACUGAUAUAUGGAGAGGAACUGAGACCAACUGCGGUCUGCGGCACUGCGCUCGCCGCCAGCCUCCCUAGGGUUUCCUUCCCCGUCGACCAUCAGCGCCUCCCCAGAUUUGGACCUAAGCCCUCGCGGACGUGCGCGCCGGCCGCCUGGUUGCCGGUCGAAUCCGCCCUCCAGCCGCUGCCAACGUCGAUCUGCUACUGACGCACCGCAAGGGAGUGUAAGGAGGUUUUGAAGAUCCAGAAGUUUCGGCGUAUGGUGUCAUAUGCUGGAUUCUACUGCUUCACUUCCCUCAUUACUUAUGCUUACACAAGCAAUACGACAAGGGCUGGGAUGUCAAGGGCUGACCAGUAUUAUUCCUCCUACCCUGCUGGUACUGAACUACUAACUGACACUGCAAAGCUUUACAAGGCUGCAUUGGGCAAUUGUUUUGAAGUAGAUGAAUGGGGCCCAAUAGAGUUCUCCAUCAUGGCAAAACAUUUUGACCGGCAAGGGAAACCACCAUAUGCCUACCAUGCUCAAUAUCUGGCACACCUUCUCUCCCAUGGGCAGCUCGAUGGAAGCGGUUAAAUGCAGGAUGUAUUGUUGGUAACUGCAUCAACGCAACUAGAAUUUCACUAUAUCUUGUAUAAAAAUGUUGCCUUUGCUAGAACAAUGAGUUCAGACUGCACCAGUUUAGAAGUUACAGAACUGGCAUCAGAAACAAGUUCUGAAUUUUUUUGGUCAUUGGCUGGUACGAUAUCAGUGUUGAAUUUGUGCGAUCGCCGAACAAUUUCUGAAAAAAAACAUGACCUUGUCUUGUUGGAACAUUUACACUGUCCUUUUAUUGUUGAAUAAACCACUGAAUGUUAAUGCAUGCA